AUGCACCGGGCAGGGCUCGUCGAGGGGCAGGGCAAAGUGCUGCUACACCGGCCCCGUUCAGGGGCGGCUGCGCAGGAGGGGCGCUUUGCUUGCAGGGUGGAUGGCUGAGGCAGGCGAAGCUGCUCUCGGCUCUGAGCGGAGAAAGGACUUUGUCGUGGAAGCGGGGCACGUCUGAGGCGCCUCAUGGCAUACGCUGAAGCUGCUUCCGCUCCCCGGCUGCUUAAGUGAACUUUUAGUCUGGCAACUGGAUUGGGUUAUUCCAGUAUGGACCGGAAUCCAUCACCCCCCUCCAGUGAUGCAGAGGAGGAGGCAGCAGUUGCUGGGGAUUCUAUUGGAAAUACAGUUUAUAGCAAGCACUGGCUCUUCAGCAUCCUUACAAAGCUAAUUGAGGUUAUUAGUUCUAAGAAGGAUGGCUCUGAGUUGAAUGAUGUGGAAGAACAAAUGGAGCUAGAUGAAGAUAUGGAGAAUGACAUUUGCAAAGUAUGGGACAUGUCAAUGGAUAAGGAUGUUGCUUUAUUUCUGCAAGAGUUUAAUGCCCCAGAUAUAUUUAUGGGUGUGUUUGCUAAGUCUAAGUGUCCUCGGCUUACUGAAAUCUGUGUGGGAAUACUGGGUAAUAUGGCCUGUUGCCAAGACAUAAGCAUGGCCAUUAGUAAAGAUGAGAACCUUGGACAGAUGGUUCUGCAACGUUUAUGUGAUUCUGAUUCUCCUACUCUGCUUGAAACAAGCAGGUUGUUGCUGACUUGCCUCUGCCAAUCUGAGGUGGCCAAUAUUUGGGUGGAAAGAAUCCGAGAAAGUCCAUCUGUGUAUGACUGCAUCUGUUUUAUCAUGUCAAGCUCUACAAAUGUGGAGUUGCUGGUGAAAGUAGGUGAGGUGGUUGAUAAAUUAUUUGACUUGGAUGAAGAAUUAAUGUUAAACUGGAUUAAAAAUGGUUCUCGACAAUCAGUGGGACAAGCUACAGAUGAUUCUCCAGAAGAGCUUCCAGAUUAUAAGAUUGUACCCUGUCUGCUUGAAGCUGCGAAACAAGUCUGCUCAGAUAACAAUCCAGAAGGACUUGAUGUUUAUAUGCAUAUCCUUCAGCUGCUCACCACAGUGGAUGAAGGCAUUCAAGCGAUUGUGCAGUCUCCCGAUGGAGGAAAAGAAACUUGGAGUUUGCUGUAUGAUCUCUUUUGCCAUGAACUUUGCCAGCCAGAUGAUCCACCAAUUAUUGUGCAAGAGCAGAAGACAGUACUGGCUUCUAUUUUGUCUGUGCUGUCGGCCAUCUUUGCUUCACAGACUGAACAGGAAUAUGUCAAAAUAGGAAAAAAUAUGCCACUGAUCGAUAGCUUGAUUAGAGUCUUACAAAACAUGGGUGAAAGUGGGAAGAGAUCUGUAGACUGCUCAAAAGAAUCCAAGUCAGAGGAAGCUCAGAAGUUUGGAGAUGCUGAGGAAGACUUCCAUUUGAAAAUCUUAAAGGAUAUCUGUCGCGAGUUGUUGUCCAAUAUGCUUCAAAAAUUGUCAAAGGAAAACAUACUGGAAGGACUCAAGCAAGGCCAUCUAAGUGAACAGAAAUGUUCCUGCAUUUUUCAAAACCUUCUCCCUUUGUAUUCAUCUUCGGUAGAGAGUUUUCUUGAAGUGCUACGUGAAGCUGAUAAGGCACUAGCUGACAGCCUAGGCAAAAACUUCCCAAGUCUGAUUCUCCAGACAUAGGACCACACAUACUGUAUUGCCUUGCAGGAAGAUUUUGAUUCUUUCAUUAAGAAAGUGAUGUGUAAAGAAUUCAGAAGUUGUUCAGCUCUCAUUCCUUAAACAUCUCUGCAAGGAAGGUCAUACAGGCAACUUCAUUAAAUAAGGAUGGAUGUGAUGGAGGAUGACAUGGAAGAUCAGCUUUCUUCAAGUUUUUGUAUUCAUAACGUUACAUUUUUAAGUGCUGUGUAUGAGGUGGGAAUACAAACAUAGUUUUAUAUAUUAGCAACUAUUGAGGUUGUGUAUUAUGAUCAACUUUGUUGAUGAAACAACGCAAUGGACUUCACCUGUUUUCGAAACAGAUGAACACAUUUUUAAAGCUAGCCAUUAAUUGUAAUGUUAAGAAAUCUUUAAAUAUAGAAUGGUUAGAUGGUUGCCGUGCUCUGCCCUCGGCUUGUUCCGAUACAGUAGCUUUGAUGCCUCUUUAAGGCAUAAUUCAAUUUUCUUGUCAUUAGGGUGCUAAAGCAAUGUGUUGCUUUGAAAAAAUUAGCACAACUAAUUAGAUGUUAGCAUUGCUCCCAGUGUACAUCAUGUGCAUGAUCCAGCCCAUCAAGAAUUUAUUUUCCUGCCACUAAGUACUGCUUAUGGUGCCCCUCUGGGGAAGAAAAAUAGUAGAGCAGCUCCAGGGAGCAGGAACCAAAUGAAAAUAUGUGAUCACCAUCUUGAAUUGUGACACUUUUGCUGGAGUCACAUCCAGAAAUGACAUCCAGGUGAUAUUUUAGUGUCUGGAGUUACGUAUAGGUAUCCUAAUUACAGUUUUCUGAAGAGGUAGAAUUGUCUCUUGUCAUAGUUGUUGCUUGCAUCUUUUUGGAAUUUUGAACAAGAAAAAGGUUGAAUUAAAUAGGACCGAAUGAAUGGUACUUUGUUUCUGGCAUUAUUUUUAUACUAGUAACUCUCAAUGAGACUGGUUUUUAUAUUUGUAUUGGAAAUUACAGCUUUAUAUAAUAAAUGUAUUUUUAUUAAAUAUUCGUACUAGAAUAAUCUUGUAUAAUUAGGGUGUGUGUGCACAAACAUGUUUCUAGAUGGCCCCUUGUUGAACAGCAUUCUAGUGUUAUGUAUAGACUUUCAGUAGGUGCUCUUGUCAGCAUAACAUGAGUGCUUAGGGAUGUGCACGAAAUGUAUUUUGCGUUUUUUUUCGAGCUCAAAACAAAAUGUUUGCCCUAUGAGGGUUUGGGGGAACGGUUAAAAACUUGUGUAAAAUCUCCUGCUUGCCCAUUUCUUUUGUAGGUUGGGUGGUAGGUAGCACUCAUCAUGUCCUACCACACAACCCACUUUGGUGUCUCUGACCUUUCCAUGGGGAACAAUGGGGUCUAGUUUCCCCAUUGCUCCCUAUGGCCAGAACAAGCUGCACUCAGUGUGCACACACAAGUUCUGCAUUGCAAUUUGCAAUGCAUUUUGCAACCUUGCCUUGAGAAACACUGCAGAACUGCCCACUAAAAUUUCAAACACAGUCCAAUUGGCCAAAAAAGAAUAACUGAUCCAGAAUCCACUGCCAGCCACAGUGCCUGAGCUGCAGUAACAUCAUGGGCACAAGUUGCUAUCUCUCACAUAAUUAUGACUCCUUACUUCCUAGAAUUACAACAGCUGCCACAGCAGCAACCUUAGCAGCAAGCAUAGCCAUAAAAUUAUUAUUAUUAUUAAUAAUAAUAAUUUGAUUUCUAUAUAUAUAUAAAAUCAGCUAGAGCAACUUCAAGAUAUACAUUUUGACUAGUAUAUCUUGCAAUGCAGAUUGCAAAGCAGACCAGAAGAGUGAGUAAAGCACUUUAGUCUUAAGGCCAGACAUGGAGCUCAUCAAAGCAACCACCAAGAAGUAUUACACACACAACUGCCACUGUCCAUUUCUUGCCACAACACUAUCUCACAAACAAACCAAAUCACAAUUCAAGGAAGGCAGGCACCCAAGUUCUGCCUUUGUCAGUCUGAGAUCCAGUUAAACUAGAUGGUUAUAGCAGCAAUAGCACUGCAUUUUAUUUAUUUAUUUAAAAUAUUUCUGUACCUCCCAAAACUUGUGCCUCAGUGUUCAUUAUACUCAGUGCUGAGAAAAGAAAAACACAGAAUCAAACCUUCCUUGAUUCCUUCCUCCUCUCCUGAUGUAUCCUCUUUAAGAGAGGUACAGGAUAAGGGCCCUCUCUCCCUCCCAAUCCCUUUGAAUACAUUUUUAAACUCCAUCCUUUUUGAGCUCCCACCUCCCAACCACAGAGGGGCACCGUUGCCCAUGACAACACUUGAUUUAUUUUAUUUUAUUUUCUUCAUUCAUUCGAUUUAUAUACCGCCCUUCCAAAAUGGCUUGGCGGUUUCCAACAGAAUAAAACCAAUUAAAACCAAAACUAUAAAAAUGGAAUAAAACUAAUUAAACAUUCAAACAGUUACAAACCCUGGAAAGCCAAGCCAAACGGAUAAGUUUUAAGGGCUCUCCUGAAAGACUCAAAUUAACUCAAAUUAUGGAUUUCUGCCCAGAGUACAUUCCAUAGCCCACAGAGCAAUUAUUUGAAUAACAAGACAAGCAAGGAGAUUACAAUCCAAUCGAAAGCCAGUGCCAGAAAACCAAUCAGCAAGGGGAAAGCAGGCCUCCAAAAUGGCACUCUACAUGUCAAAACGUUUCAAAUUACAGCUUGAAACAGCCCAUUUUGAGUCAAAAUGUUGACACCAAAACAUUUGCGCAUCCCUACUACUUAACAUCUGAGCAUAUCAUCCGAAUGGGUGUGUAGACAAUAGUUUUAGGAGGUGCAGGUGAAUAUUGUAGUGUUAGGUGGAGCUAUAGCUAUGCCAAACGACUUGGUAUAUAAAAAAGGUGCACUUGGGAUACCCAAAUGUUCACUCCCACUCACAGCAGCUGCUCUCUUUUUAAAGAGAGAGAGAAAGAGAGAGACAUACACACCUUGCCCCGCUCUGUUGGCUGCAUAAUCCAGGCCAGAGACCAUAUAACUAGAUUAUUUUUCCUUUUCCUCUUAUGACAUGAAUUGUGAUAGGGGUUUUGUUUUUUAAAAUGAGAAAAUCAGUCAGAUUUGACUAUGUCGUUAACAUCACUGAGGGCAAAUGAAGCCUUUUGUUGCUGGAUUGUGCUCGCUCUGGAGAGGGAAAGAGGAAACAGGUUGACCAAUGCUGAGGCAACCAGCCAGAUGUUCCCUGUCUUGCUGCCUAGUUCUGCAGGCAUUGUGAGUGGGCAAUAUACAUUUCCAAACACUUCCCACAGAGAGCAAUGCAGCAUGGAUGCUCUUUUAAUGUAAGUUGCAAUUUCUAACCCUGGGUGUGUGACCUGUACUUCGAAGCUUCGUUCUGCAUCUGCUUGGUUGGAUUUGGGGUGCUUGUUCUGUCAGAGGAACAUAGGAAGCUGCCAUAUACUGAGUCAGAUCACUGGUCUAUCUACCUCAGUACUGUCUAUACAGACUGGCAGUGUCUUCUCCAAGGUUGCGGGCAGGAAUCUCUCUCAGCCCUAUUUUGGAGAAGCCGGGGAGGGAACUUGAAACCUUCUGCUCUUCCCAGAGUGGCUCCAUCCCCUGAGGGGAAUAUCUUACAGAGCUCACACAUCAAGUCUCCCAUUCAUAUGCAACCAGGGCAGACCCUGCUUAGCUAAGGGACCAAGUCAUGCUUGCUACCACAAGUGUGGCAAGCUUAAAGAGGCUCAGUCCCGAAGGAGUCCUAAAUAGGCCUGCUCCAGGAACAGGAGUCCCUGCCUCUUCUAGGGGCGGCAGCUGGGCCCUGUUCCUUAUAUGCAGGUUUCUCUGGUGCGGUGUUGAUUCCUUUUCUGUUUAUUGUGGUUCCAAGGAAUCCUCAGAGUCAGAAGACAGAGGCAAGGGAGUGUCUUCUGAGCAAGGUGGGGGUGGUGGUUUUUCUGGAUCGAGGGUCUCUGGUGGCACCAGCUCUCCUGCAUUCCAGUCCUCAUACUAUUACAAACAUUACAAAUAUUUAUAUACUGCUUUUCAACAAAAGUUUCCAAAGUGGUUUACAUAGAGAAAUAAUAAAUAAAUAAAGAUGGAUCCCUGACCCCAAAGGGCUCACAAUCAAAGAAGCACAAGGCAAGUUUACCAGGCUGAUAGCUCUGACUCACUGGGUGGGCCCUUGGGAUUGUGGUGCAAGGGUACAGCAAUUGUGUGUGUGGGGGGUGGUGGUGGUGUUGGCUUCCUCAUCCCUUGCGCUCUCGUUGCCCAGGCCUGGUGGGUGGUCCAGGUGGCUUCAAUUCAUGACACUUGCGCUCUAGUCUACCUUGCCACUUCAGCUCCCUCAGUUCUUCCAUAUACCAUGGAACUAGCAGGUCAGAGAGGAUGCUUAGGUGUGAUUGUGUCUACUGCCCUAUUGGUAGCCUAGGUCUCAACCAGAGCAUAAACAGAAUCUCUGGUGGACCAACUAUAAACCCAAAGCUUCUUGGAAUCCAAUUGCAUCCAGUAGCCAAUAUGGGAUCCUAUUGGAAUCCUAUUGAAUCCUAUUUGAUCUUGGGUGGGCCAUCUUAAUAGAUCCUUCACCCCUGUAGAGGUGGAUUGUGGUGGCAAGCCAGACCAUAACCAGGUGGUGGUCCAUCCAUGACAAUGGAGAGGUGACAGGAGUCCCCACCCACGGAACACCACCCUAAUAUUUUGUGAUGGGGGGGACGGUCAGUUAUGCACAUUUUACUUAACUGCAGUAGAGCAGUACGUGAGCUGUUGUUUCGAUCUCACCAGAACCUCGGGGACAAACACAUUCUUCAUAUAGAAUUCCAUACUUCCAAUUUUAUCGAGACAUCUGACGUAAACUUAUUUUUCCUGAUACAGUGGUCCCUUGACUUACGUAAUUAAUCCAUUCCGAACGCACGUUCGGAGGUCGAAAUUUUCGUAUGUCGAAGAGCGCACCACGGAAGUCUGGAAACAUUCGUAAGUCGAGGAAACCGCAUCUAAAAAUUCGUAGGUCGAGUAAGCUGAAUCUAAACCGGCAACUACUUCCGGUCUUUUUUGUCGCUCCUAACUCGAAAACAUCGGAUGUCGAGUAGUUCUUAGGUCGAGGGAUUACUGUAUUAACUUACAUCCAGGGUCUACUGACACUUUUUAUUUGACCUUCCUUUUAGCAGAUCAGAAUGAUGUUAGGUCCUACAAUGUCACUAAGUUUUGUCUCAUUGCUAAUAAAAUUCGGCUAGAGCUUGUCAAUUAGUUGGUUACUUGAGAGUUCUGCCUUGUUGCAAAUAUCUUAGCUGUUUGUUAUAGUUUAUCUCAUUCUGCUUCUAUUUCUUUUAGUUUCUGUUAUAUUUAGUCUUAUCUAAUAAGUUUUAAAUUUUAGUAGUUUUACUUACCUAAUUAUGCAAAUCUAAUUGUAUCUGUUUGAAUCUAUUCAUUGCUAUACUGGUCAAAGACCAAAAUAAAGAUUGAUUGAUUGUUUGAUA